UUUGGAAAGAUUGACAUGCAGCUCAAGCUUGUCCCUGGAAACUCAGCUGGAACUGUGACUACCUACUACUUCUCAUCAGAAGGGUCAAAGCAUGAUGAGAUAGAUUUUGAAUUCUUGGGGAAUUUAAGUGGUGAUCCUUACACUCUUCACACCAAUGUGUUCAGCCAAGGCAAGGGUAACAGAGAGCAGCAGUUCUUCUUAUGGUUCGAUCCCACCGCGGAUUUCCACACCUAUUCCCUCAUUUGGAACCCACAACGCAUUAUUUUCUAUGUAGAUGGAACACCCAUAAGAGAGUUUAAGAAUGCUGAGAAAGUUGGUGUUCCAUUCCCAAAGAAGCAGCCAAUGCGGAUAUAUGCUAGUCUAUGGAACGCUGAUGACUGGGCUACAAGAGGCGGCCGUGUCAAGACUAACUGGACUCUAGCUCCCUUCUUUGCUUCAUUUCGCAACUUCACUGCCGAUGCUUGCAUUGUCAAUUUUUUAGGACAAUCUUCUUGCACCACAACUUCAACUCAUGCCCGUGUCUGGCUCACACAACAGUUGGACUCUGCCAGCCGAAAGAAGUUGAGAUGGGUGCAGAAGAACUACAUGAUAUACAAUUACUGCACUGACAGGAACAGAUUUCCCAAGAUCCCUCCUGAAUGCAAAUUCUCUUAGCUAGUUAGCUACCUACCUACCUACCAACUUAGACAACCAAUAACCAACUUACCCAAGCUAGCUAGCUAGCUACUGUACUCGAUCCUCAUUAUACUCAUACUUAAUUAUUUGAUUCU